AGCUACCUACACUAGCAUCAGAUAAGUGCGCUUCAGCAUGUUGUCGGUGCGGAAAUAAAGUUAAAGCUUAAACAAUCGCUCACGUCGAAAUAAUGGAUGACCGCGAACUGGACCUCACUGAGGCGCAAAAAGCAGUCAAAUCAAAAUAUCCUGCAAUCACCAAGAAGUACGAGUAUCUCGACCACACAGCAGAUGUCCAUUUUUCCCGCAUACUGCAGGAUUCACUCAUGGGGUGAUUCACUGGAGGAGGCGUAUGAGCAGUGUGCCAUGGGCAUGUUUGGCUACAUGACGGAUACAGAAACUGUGCAACCCAUUGACACCGUCGAAGUAGAGUCAGAGGGAGAGGAUCUUGAGUCACUUCUCUUUCAUUUUUUGGAUGACUGGCUUUUUAAGUUCAGCGCUGAUAUGUUCUUCAUUCCAAGGGAAGUGAAGGUUUUGCACAUAGACCGAAUGCACUACAAAAUUCGCUCUAUAGGAUGGGGGGAGGAAUUCAGUCUAGAUAAGCACCCUCAGGGCACGGAAGUGAAGGCAAUCACCUACUCUGCCAUGCAGGUUCAUGACAAGGAGAAAUCAGAGAUCUUCGUCAUAAUUGAUAUUUAAAGUCUUGACAUGGUUUUAAAAGAUUCUACCUUUUACGAAGUAUGGACACCUGAAAUACUGUACGUUUACGUUAAGGUUGACUUUAUUUUUCAGUAAAAAAAUAUAUUUUGCACUACACAAGGUAACCAUUAUACCUUUAUAAUUUCAGAUACGUGCUUUUUAUUAUUUUUAGGUAAUUUUAAAUGUUGAAUACAUCAUAAAAAUAUGUAUGGUUUUAUUUAUAAACGCGUUACACGAAGCAGCAGCUUUACAUUUUCAGUCGUAGACAUUGUUUGUAAUGAGGUAAAUAAAGUCAAAGAUAUAAAA